AUGGAGGGGAACACAAGUUCAAGCCCUUGCAGGGAGCAAACUCGGUUUGCCUGUAAUAAAAUCAUUGAUACUUCCAUUCGAGCCCUCUACCAGAUAUGGGAUAAAAUGGGCAUAGAUGAGAGUCAGAAAAAGGCCAGGGGCGACACUGCUGUAGCACACAUGAAAAACUUGAUGCAGCACAUGAUAGCGGAGGAAGAGGCACUGAUGAAGCAGGUUGCACAGACUAUAGAUGAAUAUACAGAGAAGCUGGAUCUGCUGUGCAAUGAUCUUUCUCUUCCUCACAUCAGGCUGUCAGGAGGUCUCACCAUGGUACAGAAAGAGAAAAUUCUGCGCAGUAAAGUGGAAACUAUGGCUAAAGAGAAGAAAGACAGGAUGGCAAAGUAUGACAUCUUGCACAGCCGUGAUGAACACUUGAGUGAAGUUCUGUCUACUCCGACAUACACUGUCUCCCCUGGGAAAGUGCCUACACUAGAACAGUUGAGAGAGCUUGAGAAGCAUGUCGCACGUCUGCAGGAAGAGAGGGAUAAACGUUUUACAGAGCUAGUAACAACUAAGAAAAAAAUCAUGGAACUCUACAGUCUCAUAGAGUUUGAACCAGAUACACCAUUUGGCUGUGAGCUGAUCUGUGAAGAUGAUGAUAGUUUGGGGCUGUCUACAGAGAACAUGGACAAACUAAGCAAGCUACAUGACGAGCUGGUCAGAAAGAAUGAGGCCAUGAAAACUGAAACGGAUAAUUUGUGGGAGCGGCUUAGAUCCUUGUGGAACAGACUAGACACUUGUGACAUUGACAGAGAGGAGUUUGAACUGAAGAUUAAUGGUCAUGGGACCAAAGCAGUUGCAGCUCUGAAAGGGGAGAUUGAGGCAUGUGAACUUCUGAAGCUUCAAAAUAUUCGUAAAUUUGUGGAUGGAAUUCGGAGUGAGCUGAUUUCUUGGUGGGAUAAGUGCUACUUCAGUGAGGAGCAGAGAAGUGGAUUCAAGGCUUUCAGUGAAGGAGAAUGCACAGAAGAACUUCUACAAAUUCAUGAACAAGAACUAGAAAGUGUGCGACAGUAUUACAAUACAAACAAGGACAUUUUGGAGAAAAUAGCACGUAGAGAAGAACUGUUCAGAAACAUGGUAGUCUUUGAGGAAAAAGCUAGUGACCCAAACAGAUUCUUCUCUGACAGGGGAGGAAGGUUACUUCAAGAAGAAAAGGCUAGAAAGAAGCUUAUGAAAGAAUUGCCAAAGGUUGAAGAGGAAGUAACGGAAGCCAUCUUGAAGUGGGAAAGUGACAACCAGAAGGACUUCCUUGUCAAUGGUAUGAAGUUUCCAGACUUUGUGAAGAAUUCGUGGGAGAAUUUCCAGUCACAGAAAGAUCAACAGAAACAGUUAAGACUCAAAGCUCGGGUAAAGCAAGCACAAGAUGAUGUGGCAUAUGGGAGCAAAUCUGGGUCACAGACUCCCAGCAAGCGUAAAGUGCCACAGUCUGCUUCUACUCCUGUGCGGACACCCCUUAAAGCCAGAAAGGUUGAGAUGGGUCCAUCAGUCUCUGUGAAAGUCAGAAUUCAAUAUGAUAUGCUGAAUGAUGUCCCCACAACUCCUAGCACCACUAGCAAACUGCCAACUCGAUAUCAACACAACACUCUUGUACAUACUCCGGGAAAACAGUCUACCUUCACACCAAAGACGCCACUCAGCAAAUCAGCAAAGAGAAGAUCCUCACGCCUUAAGAGGAGGUCAGCUGCAAAACAUAGUCUAAGUAGCAAAAACCGGCGCAAGUCCAGAGACAUAUUUGCCCAAGGAGUAGAAAACAAGAGGAAUGACAGCUCUGCAUCUUUGGCUGCACAUGGAUCUUACCAGGAUUUCACUAAUUGUGUCAUCGCAUCUAAAGCCUCGUCACCUGAUACACAACAUACUUAA